AAAGGUAACUUUGGUCUGCAUAUGUAGUUGGGUUUACACCGUUUAUCAUGUACAAAUUUAUACAUAGUGCUUCUCAAAAUUAAAGCAUAUUAAAUAUGUAAAAUUUGAAUGCUAAUAUGCGACUAAGCCCCAAGAACACCAAUUUAUAUCAAUUAUAAUUCUUUUUAUUACAAUUCUAUAACUAUUAAAUCAAAGAAAAAAUAUCUCAACAAUGAAUUGUGUGAUGACUCAGAAAAAUUCACAAAAGCUGAAGUGUGAUGACUGAGAUAAGGUAAGAACUCAGUUAACUCUGAGAACAUUGGUCCCAAGGUUAAACAUUGGUGUAAAGAGGAUUUGAAGAAUAAGGAGCCAACUGUUACAGCAAAAGAAGAAGCCCCAUCAAGAUGGGGAAGUCAUUGGCAACAAUGAUGGUAGCAAUGAGACCGACCAAAAGAAAAUUUUGCUUCUUUCCAUCCCUGUGUGGACAUAUUUUUUGUUCAGAAUAAGCUGAAACUGCACAACAUGGCUGAAAGGCGAUGCACAGAUAUAUCAUUGAGGAUGUCUAAGUCUGCAUCUUCUACAGAAUUGGAGGUUCAUGUAGGAAGUAUGCCUUUUACCCUGGACAAAGAACUUCUGGCCUCAAAAUCAGCUAAAGUUGAUGCCUUACUUAAAGAGAAUUCUAAUGAAGAUCUCUCUUGCGUACUUCGGGACAUUCCAGCUGAUGCGAAGACUUUUGAACUUGUUGCGAGAUUCUGCCGUGGAUAUGCAGUACAGAUGUCCACUGAAAACAUUGUACCACUCAUUUGCCUGUCUUUCUACCUAGGGAUGGAUGAAAAUCACAGCAGUAACAAUCUAUUAAGCAAAGCUGUUACCUUCUUCGAACAAAGAGUCCUCCCUAGUUGGAAUGAAAUUAUCAAGGCUUUGCGCGUGUCUGAAAGGUUCUUUCAACAAAUAAUGCAGCUCGGUUUAUUUGAUGCCUGCUUACAGGCUAUGAUUGCAAAAGCAUCAGAUAAUCCCCGACAUCUAGGGGAACCCAUGAUCAUUUCAACAAAUGAUGGUGAUACUGAAGAUGGUGAUGGCAGUUAUAGGCCUAAUGCAAGGAGAAGGCUCUUUGCUCUUGACUGGCAAGAAGAUUUGACAACAUUGCCUCUCCAGCUAUAUGAGCCUAUCAUUUACACAAUGAAUCAGCAUGAAAUCCCACAAGAGUACAUUUCUGCAUCUAUUUAUCAAUAUGCAAAGAAGUGGAUCUUUUCUUGUAAUGCUCGAGGGGAGACGAUGUCAAUUUACAAGAGGGAAUCUCAAAGAAAUCUAAUUGAAACAUUGGAGAGACUCUUGCCUCAUGGAAGAGAACUCCUUCCUUGCACUUUGUUGUUUGAAAUGCUCCGCUGUGCUAUUGAUUUGGAAGCUAGCUCUGCUUGUAGGAAUGGAUUUGAGGUUCGGAUUGGAAAGCAACUGGACCAGGCAAAAGUAAAGGACUUAUUAAUUCCUUCUCAAGGCUAUGCCAAGGAAUUGCAAUAUGAUAUUGAGUGUAUAAGGAGGAUUUUGAAAAUUUUCUAUGGCAAUUACAAUAGCUCUGAUGCUUCAGGAUUCACCACAGUGGCAGAACUCAUAGAAAAAUUCUUGGCAGAAAUUGCUGGUGAUAUAGAUUUAAUGAUAGACACUUUCAUUUCACUAGCAGAGAUGUCCAUGGCAGCAGCAUUAGCAACAAAGAGAAACUCUGAUGGAAUAUACCGGGCUAUUGACAUAUACUUGGAAAAGCAUGCUUACCUGACAGAGAAGGAGAAAGAACAGGUUUGUAGGGUGUUGGAUUUUCGAAAAAUUUCUCCUGAGGCUUGUGAACAUGUUGCCAAAAAUGAAAGAUUGCCAGUGAGACUAGUAGUGCAGGUGCUGUUUAUGGCACAGUUGCAGCUGCGAGAAACAUUGACAAAGGAGGUGCGGGGUUAUGAUGACAAGUUGGGAAAAGAAGAGGAGGAUGAAGUGAGGAUGGAAAUGGAAAAAAUGAGCAUCAAGGUGAAGGAGCUAGAGAAGGACUGCAGUCUCAUGAAGAAAGAAAUCAUAAGUGGGCAAAGAGUAAAAAAGGGAAAGGUGAGCAUGUGGACAGAAAUGAAGAGGAAGUUAGGGUGCACGAGUAGCAUGGAUGAAUUUCGUUGCCUGGUCAAGAAGAAGAAGGUGCAUCCAAAAUUGGGCAUAUGACUUCUUUUCAGAUUUAUUUCAGUUCCUUCAUAUUUGAAGUUUCAUAUUUCCUGCUCAGUUUUUCAAGGUUUACCGGCUAGUAUUCAGAUCAUUCAACUUGAGGCCUUGAAGUAUAUAGCUCCGAAGCAGUAGUCUGACAAGUGACAACUACGUCUUUUAAUAAUUUCCAAAUUUACUGCUUUAGUUUGAGGAAGUCGGCUGGGAAACAUUGCUUUUAUAACAGUUGGUUCAAAAUAAAGCCUGGACUUCAGUCAUAAGGCCAAAGCUACUUCCGAACAUGAAAUAGCCAGAACAUGAAGUUGAUUAAUGAAUAGCCCGAAAUUUUAAAAUGGCUUGUUAUCCAUUUUCAUCUGCAUGAAUUUUACAGCUGAAUUGUUGUCAGGGUAUUCAGUUUUUUAGAAUUACUAUUUUCUUUGCCCUCUUUUCCUUGAUGUUUAAGUGGACAGGAAACUGCAUUAUUUCAUGUUGUUGAGUAGCCUCUAUUAGAACCUGGCAUUGCAGAAGGGUUUUCUUUCAGAAAAAAAGCACAGAAUGAAGGCAAAGAACAAGUACAGCCGGUAAACAAAGACCAUUUUUACAUUAAAUUUUGAUACCUAUGGUAUCCACAGCAUUAAGCAAAAUAAGCAGAAUAAAUAAGAAAUGUUUUUGCAGAACAAAUCUCUCAUCUUUCGAAUUUUGAUUCCCAUUGUAUCACAUCUUGACAUCUUGCAAAAAGCCUUUUUAUCAAACGUUGUGCCAAAAGUAGGUAUCUCUACCCAAUUCUGAGCCCCAAUAUGAUCAUCUUUCCAUUAAGCAUGGCCAUAUGAUCAUCCUCUCCCUUGAAGAUUCUAAGGUCAUUUCUCCAUUGACAAAUGAUACUGCCUCUCCGCAUCGAUAAGGCAAAGUGGAAGAACAUGAUGAACUAGGGGUCUCAAUAUGUUUCUCAGGUUAUGAAUAUAUGGACAACAGGGAAA